AUGGAAGAUUCAUUAUUGGUAAAUUCCAAGCAAGAAGAAAAACAAGAACUCAAGAAGAUCAGAUGGGAGAAACUGAAGAAGGUUGCUUCCAUGGCAGCUCCAAUGAUUAUCGUAAACAUCUCUCAAACCCUACUUCAAGCCACUUCUACAAUGAUCGUUGGUCACAAAAGCGAAAUCUCUCUCGCCGGAAUCGCUCUUGCCAGCUCCAUCGCUAACGUAACCGGCUUCAGCCUUCUUUGUGGACUAGCGGGUGCAUUAGAAACACUAUGUGGUCAAGCCUUUGGAGCUCGUCAGUACGAGAAGCUUGGUUCCUAUACUUUCACUUCCAUUGUUUCUCUUCUCAUAAUCUGUUUUCCAAUCUCUCUUCUAUGGAUCUUCAUGAAGAACCUUUUGUUAUUGUUUCACCAAGACCCUGAAAUAUCAGAGGUUGCUUCUGUUUACUGCCUGUGGCUCAUACCGGCUUUAUUCGGUUACUCUGUUAUUCAGUCGUUGGUUCGCUAUUUUCAAACACAAAGCUUGAUUUUCCCCAUGGUUCUCUCUUCUUUCGCUGUUCUAUGUUUCCAUUUACCGGCUUGUUGGCUAUUCGUUUACACUUUAGGGCUUGGAACCAAAGGUGCAGCUUUGUCUAUAAGCCUUUCGUAUUGGCUUAACGCGGUUUUCCUCUGGUUUUUCAUGAGGCAUUCUCGAGUUUGCGAAGGCAAAAGGGUUUUCAUAUCGAUGGAAGCGUUUGGUCACAUGAGGAUCUUCUUCACCUUGGCUGUUCCUUCUGCUAUGAUGGUUACUCUUGAAUGGUCGGCUUUCGAGAUUCUCAUUCUUAUCUCCGGAGUCUUGCCAAAUGCAAAGCUAGAGACUUCGGUUAUCUCUAUGAUCUAUACAACUUCUUCUUUGCACUACAAUCUGGCAACUGCGAUUGGUGCUGCCGCAAGCACAAAUGUGGCAAACGAACUAGGAGCUGGAAACCUAGUCGCAGCUAGGUCUUCUGCGACUGUCGCAAUUAGUAUUGCAGCUGUUGAAUCUUCUGCCAUGAGCUUUGCUCUGUUCCUCUCAAGACAUGUUUGGGGCUAUGCUUUCAGUAAUGCUCCUGAAGUGAUUCGUUACGCCGCAGAAAUCACACCAAUUCUCUGCAUUUCCAUUGUUAUGGACAGCUUGUCAGCCUCCCUAACCGGGGUUGUGAGAGGAAGUGGUAAACAAAAGAUUGGUGCUUUUGUGAAUAUUGCUGCAUUUUACAUCAUUGGGAUUCCAAUUGGACUUGUCUUCUGCUUCAUAGUUGACCUCAAAGUUAAAGGUCUAUGGAUUGGUAUUCUCUCUGGAUGCACUCUGCAAACUCUCACAUUGUUUCUCAUUACAAAAUUCACCAACUGGAAGACCACUGAGGCAUUGUGA